GUCAGUUAAACAGAAGGGAGUGGCUGAUAGCAGCUCCAGCAAAGGUACGUGUGACAUGUUCAUUUCCCUAAAGGAAGAGUCACACAGUAUUACUGAAACUCUGCAGCAGAAAGAUCAGAUGGAUUCUGCUAAAUUAACUUGUUGUAUUUGUUUGGAUCUCCUGAAGAGUCCGGCGACUAUCCCCUGUGGACACAGCUACUGUAUGAACUGCAUCAAAUCUUGCUGGGAUCGGGAAGAUCGGAAAGGAGUCUACAGCUGCCCUCAGUGCAGGAAAAAGUUCACAAUGAGGCCUGGCCUGGUGAAAAACAUUGUGUUAGCAGAGUUGGUGGAGGAUCUUAAGAAGACUGGACUACAAGUGGCUCCGGCUGAUCACUACUAUGCUGGACCUGAAGAUGUGACCUGUGAUGUCUGCAGUGGGAGGAAGAUGAAAGCUGUAAAGUCCUGUCUGGUCUGCUUAGCCUCGUUUUGUGAGAAACACAUCCAACCUCAUUAUGAGUCUUUUACUUUUAGUAAACAUAAACUUGUUGAAGUUUCAGCAAAGCCCCAGCAGAACUUCAGCUCUCGUCAUGAUGAGGUGAGGAAGAUUUUAUUUGAUAAAUAUAAAAGAGAUCCAAAUGCAGCAGAAAGGACAGAGAAGCCGGAGUUUGAAGUAAUGCGACAACAACUCAAGCAGAGACUUCAGAACCGAGAGAAAGAUGUAAAACUGCUUCCGCAGAAGAUGAGAGGCAUCAGCGUCUCUGAUGAUAAAGCAGAGGAGGACAGUGAGGCGUCACUUCCCUCCUCUGACAAAAAGAGGGUGAAGAGCAGACCUUUAUCAGUGCCGUUACCUCCUGGUCCAGACCCAGUCCCAGUUGGUGGUGUAGCUCCAAACAUGAAGAAAUUGAUCAAAAACUUCAACAAAGACAAACCAGCACCUGUUCCCACCUCCAUUCCAACAAAGAUUUGUGGGAAAUGUGGCAAGGAUUUGUCCAGCACUCAGCCAGCUUUGAAGGCAAUGGGCAAAGUCUUCCACCCCAGCUGUUUCUGCUGCAUGAGCUGUCACCGCCCCUUGCAGGGCAUGCAGUUUUAUGACAAGGAAGGCUCACCAGAAUGUAAACGUUGCUAUGUGACUUCCCUGGCUUCCUGCUCUCAAUGUGGAGAGAAAAUCACUGACCAUAUCCUGAAGGCCAUGGGAAAGUGCUUCCAUGUCCGAUGCUUCCUGUGCAGCACCUGCUCCUGCACACUGGAUGGACUCCCAUUUAUUGCAGGUGAAGACAACAAGCCCUACUGCGUACAGGAUUACCACAAGCAUUUCUCUCCUCAGUGUGAAACCUGUAAAGAACCCAUUGUUCUGGCUCCGGGCAGUGAGGAAAGGGUAAAACUGGUGGCUCUGGGAAAGAACUACCACAUCGAGUGUUACCAAUGUGAGGACUGUGCUCAUCCAUUUUCAUCUGAAGUAGAUAAAUAUCAAGGUUAUCCUCUGGAUGGCAGGUUUCUGUGUAUUAAGUGUCACACUAAGAGAACCAGGAAGUGAUUGGCUGAUGCAGGAUCUUUGGGUUGGACUAAAUUUAAAAGCAUCUGUAUUCAUUGAAUUCCUAAUUUCCCUUCACAAUUAUUUUUGAUAACUUCAUACAAGUUCUGCACUGAAUUAAUACAUGUUUGUUGCAGAUCUCAUAUAAGUCUUCCAAUCAAGUUUGUUGUUAAAAAUACAUCAUGUUUUAAUGCACUUAGUAGAUUGUUGAAUACAAAUACUUGUUUUCAAAAACACAUAGUCAAAUUCAACAAUAUGUGUUCAGAUGAGGCUCAUUUGUCUCAUUAAAAGUACCAUUUUGACAAUAAUCUUUAAUUGGGUGUUAGACGUAAUUUUCAUUAAGUCCAUAUUUCUGUAUUAGAAUGUUUGUUUUGCCUGAUAUAAUAUUCUAAUCUUAAAUGUCAUGUUUUUUGUUAGCUGUAAGCAUAAAAUCAUCAUGAUCAAUAAAAAUCGAGGCUUGAAAAAAU